UUAUACACUCUCACUCCCAAGAUGGCAUAUGAAGUUUUUCGUCAGAGAAGAAAAGUUUCUUGCAAGAAUGUUAUUUAAUUUGCAAGGUAAUCAACCGAUACAAACAUCGACAAUACAGGAUAAUUCUGGAAUACAUGCAAGAAACUUUUUGCACCUGAAAAACACUUCUGAGUUCAGUUUCCCUAGUUUUUCCUUUUUCGCAAUUCAAAAUAUAAAAAAUGGCAGACGACGCCGGCCAUAAGGCUAUGUUGUAUUUCCUGGAGAUUCUCAUGAACAGCCCUGCACCUCUAACCAUUAGUCAGUUGGCAGGGCGGUUCGGGAGCAGGAAUUUCACUUCAGAAAUGAGACAAGCCGCAGGAGGAAAUGAAACUGGACUUAAGAAAUUUCUUCAGAAGUAUCCCUCUCUCUUCACUGUGAAUGGAAACUUGGUGUGCCUAAAUGACGGAACUGCCUCACUUGGGAGUAACUUUCGUGAAAGCAGUCCAGCUUCAUCUACAGGUCUUCCAGAAGUUUCGGUGGAGACAGAAGCCGUCCAGUAUUUCAGAGGUAAAAUGCUUAAAAAAGGCGAGAAGUGGAUGCCCAUUAAUAGUUUGGCUGGACAUUUGUCCCAAGCUAGUGUGGAAAUUCGUGAGUGUGUUGGGCCACAGAGUGAGUUCAGAGACUGGCUUUUAAGUCACCCUCUUAUUUUCGAUAUUGACGGAGAGAAUGUCAGUUUGAAGGACAAUAUCACAUAUAGUGCAAUUAAUCCAAAUGCAGAAGCCAUUGAAGAUGUUGAACUAAAGUCCAGGUACAACAAAGUGGAGAAAGAACAGUUUCCUCCACCACUGACCCCAAAAAACAAACGUAGACCCAAGUCACUGGACAUGCUUGAACCGAGAUCUCCUCUGAUGUCCCCAAGGUCUCCGAUGGUGUAUAAGAAUCUUCCCACACCCAGAUCUGGACCUGCUACAAUGACAGCCAAUGAGUACAAAGCAGUCAUGUUUAUUAAGAGUAUUAUUGAGAAGAAAGGGGACAUGAAGCUUGCUGCUCUCACUGGUCAUUUUAGCCAGGCUCCAGAAAGUUUGAGAAACACCAUUGGAUGGACAAAGAAUGAUCUGAGCAAAUUCCUUGCAGAUCAUGGUAAUAUAUUUACCAUUACUGAAGAUGAAGUUGUGUCUGUGAUCAAGAAUGCAAGGCUAAAUGUCAUUAUUACUGGUAGUCGGCCACAGGUCAGUCCUAAACCUGUUGUUACAGCUAGGAAAGGGCGGAUAUAUCAUAUUGCUAAGUUGUGGGGCAUUAUAGAUUUAGGUCGUCAUGAACAUGUCUUUAUUGACAGAAACAUAUUUGGAAAGCAUAUUGAUGAUUUAAACAAGCUUUUAACUGUUGGGGAGAUGGUUUGUUUUGAUGCUAUACCAGCUCCCAAAGGCAGUCGAGCUAGAUGGAGGGCCACAAAGGUUUGGAAAGAGAAUGAGUCCAUUGAGGAUUUGAUAGAAAAGGUGGCAACACGUCUUCAACUGCCAAUAGAUGGUGUUCCAUACAAGGAACCUCCCAGUCCAAUCGCAAAUAUCGAUGAAGAAAUGCGCAGGAUCAUUCCCGAGUUGAACGAUAGCAGUAUUACAGCAGUUCCUAUCAGUGUCGGUGGAAUCAAGUACGCCUUUGCUGAUGCCGUGCCUAGUGGAACAGGGGUUGUACCGGUGUGGAACUUCAAGCAUGCAGAAUUAGAAGGCAUGAAAGACGUGGAUGAUUUGGAUCUAAGUGAUGAAAACGAAUCUCCAAAUCUGUCCAUGGUAGCUGAGAGGUAUUAUAUGAAUAGAUCUGUUUUGGGCGACAGUCCAAGAGAUGAGAAGACACUGUCCAAUGGACAUAUCGACGAAUCUGUAUUGGUUCUUGCUAAUGAUGAAAACCCCCAGGAAGCAUCCCCCAAGACAAAGACUGCUGAUGUAGGCUGUCAGACAAUUGUUACGGGGGAAGUUCUUGCCACUCAGCUUUUUCAUGAAGAAUUUUAAGCACGGUCGUUUGUGUCCUUAUAAGCAUCCCUCAAUGAGAUUUGCCUUUUCACUGGAAUUGGUUUCUGAUUGCAAAUGUGCAUAUUGUGGUUUUUUUGUGCAAUGGAUAUUUUCGAGCAUGCAAGUUUUUAAUGGUGAACACUCAAGAUUUGUUGCCAGAAUAUUGUAGUGGUUUGGUUAUCAUUGUUAUUUAUUAAUUUAAAAAAGAUUUAACAUACAAUCUGCAUGUAUUUUUGUUUUAUUAGUGUAUGUGAAUUAUUUUAUACUAUUGUUUAUCUAAUACUACAUCUUUUUUCACAACUGAUUUGUAUUUUAAUUGCUGAUCCAAAUGGGCACAUUUUUAUUUAUAUUGUUACCUGUGUUGGUGUAUAUAUUCAUGUAUGACCAAUUCUGAUAGAUUGUUAAUUGAGAAACUCUACAAAUUCAGAAAAAGUAUGUACAAACAGAUAUUUCACAUAUACACAGUCCAAGUUCCAAUAGUAUUAGCUUUUAUCAGAAUGAAAAAUUUUACACCCCCACCCCCCCCCCCCACCCCAGAAACCCACAUUUAUGUAUAGUUUGUGCAUCCCAGACAAUGGAACAGUGACACAUCAUUAGGAUUGGUCUAAUUCUUUUUAUAUAAAAGCUGAGUAGAUGUUUAAUGAAACUUUGUUUGGUGCCAAGGAUUACAUUCUAAUUUCCAUUGUACAUCUGUGCCUUUAUCUUUUGCAUUCAAAGCAUUUUGAUGACAGAUGACUUUCCCAUCAACAUAACAGUUCCAAUGUCAGUGACUGUGAGUGUAGAGGAAACAAAACCAUUUUAUUUAGAGGGGUUUUUUUUUACUUCAAAGUAAUGAAUUUUAUUGUUAUAAAGAAAGAAGAAUACUGUGUUCAGGAAAAGUUUGUUCCUUGUUAUUUUUGUUAGAACACACUGAAAAACAGUUGUCAAAUUUUGAUUUUACCCAAAGGCAUUUUUUGCUACUUCAGAACAAUGAAAAAAUUAUAUUCUUCUAGUUUUAAAUUCACCUGCUUAGGACGUGCUGAAAUGGGUGAAAAUAAAUUGGGGACAAAAAUUUCACUGUAUACAGAAGAAAAUCAAUUUCGUGUAAUUUUUGGUUUAUGAAACAUAAUGAACCCCAAACCAUUUUAUAUAUCUAAUGUCAAACUUGGUUUAGCUAUUUACUUCUAAUAAUUGAAAAUGUUUAAAAUAAUCAGGCUCAUUACUAAUUAGAAUUUCAUUUUGCAACAUCUUGUGAUAUGUACAUCAUGAUGUCACAAUGCUUUUCAUUUAAUGGAGAAAAGUUAAAAACAAUUUUCAAAACCCUAAGAGAAUUACUGUUGGUUGUGGUACAAAUAUUGCUCUUUGGGAAAUUAUUGCAUAUCAGUGAUGCAUAUUUUGAACUGUAUGUUUGAUGUGUCUGCAGAAGUUCUGGAAAAUGUUCUUAUCAGUACAAACGAAUCAUAGACAUACUUCAUAUUUUAUAUUAGAGCUGACUGUGACAGAUAAUUGACUGUAUGAAUGAAGAGUUGACAUGGUCUGGUGCAGUAUAUAAUGAUAAUUAUAUAUUUUUGUGAUCAUAUAUUUAGUAUUAUGUUUAUUAUCUUUUCCCACAAGAUUGGAGUUCCUGUUUGCUAAUUAUGCACCAUUAAAAUCAGUCAUUAUUGGGAUCACUGUUAACGAACAUUUUAACUGAUAUGCAAUUUUAUAUGACUAUCACUGUGUGAUCAAUUUUUAGUGUCCACUUUACUUUACACCAAGUGUUAACUCUUUUUAAAAGAGGAGCAAUUGUAAUGACUAUAUUUAUAUUUUCUUUUCAAUUUUUCAUCUGUUUGAUGCAUUAUAUGAAGGAGUGUUGUUUUUACCUCUCUACACGUAGUUGAUCUACUUUGUUAAUGAUAGAAAAUGAAGUUUUGAUACCCUGAUUUUGUCAAGUCAUGGACUUUUAAUACGAGGAAAAAAAUCGAAAGAUGGUGAUUUGCAGAAUGUGGGAAAAUAUUGAUAAAUCUUGAUAGUAUACUGUAUUCUAAAAAGAUUGUAUGAAUUUGUCAUUUGACACUGCCAUUGAAAGCAUUCACUAUUUUAUUAUUUUGUAAUUGUGUUCUAAGCUAUUGUUAACCUUUUUUUUUUACUUUAAUAAUUGAUUCUUAUCAGGAAUUAAAAAAAAAUGUUAAGUUGAUUUUUAUCCAUGUGCAUCUCUGUCCUUACAUUGAAGUGGAAACCACAGCCUUAAAACUCAUUUAGCUGUACAAUAAUUGCAUCAACAAAGUAAAUUGAUGGACAUUAGAUUUUGUAAUAGGAUCUGAUAUUGUACCUUGGUUAAAUGAGUUCAGAGGCCUGCGAGCUUCCUCACUGUAAUCUAGUCACCCCUGGUAACAGAGGGAAAGUUUCGAAAGAAGACUGGAUUUUUUUUGAUUUUUUCGAGAGGCCUUCUAAUCUGUCUUCUUUGAAAACCAUUGUUUUAACGAAGGCUUAUGUGAUAUUCAAAAUACAGCAUAAUUCAGUGCUUGACAACCUUGUGUUACCGUCAAAUAUUUUAAUUGUUAAAAUGAAAAAAAAAGUUGAUUAGUUCGUUAACAACAACAAAUAUUUCAUAAGUAGAUAAUUAGAAAAAGAUGUGACUGAUUAAUGUUAACUAAUUUAUCAAAUUGUAUAUUACGUGUACCAUAUAUUGGUAUACACAAUUUGUAUGAUCAUGCUUUGAAUUAUAUAAUAGUAGACUCUGUAAAUUUAUAACAUAAUUCCUGAAGUGUAAGAAUCGGUUAUAAUCAAGAUUGACUUUGUAAAUCAUAUCUUUUUGUGGGGGUUAUAUUUUCAUGGUUUUAAAGAAUAUUGAAUAUUCAUCUCCCUCGAAAAAUUUUAUGUUUUACAGUAUUUAACAUUAAUCAAUAUCCUUGUAUUUCAGCUACCUCAUAUCGGUAAUAUGAAAAUAUAUCAACCAAAGUUAGCAUAUGAUGUAAUCUGUGUAGCCAGGGUAUUUAAUAACAGUAUGAAUAUGUCUUACUACAUGUAGUUAUGUUUACAUAACUGUAAACUAAUGACCAAAAGAAGGAAAAAAACAUGGGCGAGGGGUAUUUUACGAAAAAGGAUAUUUUAUUAUCAGAAACUCUGGUGUGAAUGACUCGUAAAUUUAAGCCAUUCUUCUUUCUUUUUCUGUACAAAACCACUACUUUGGUCAAAACCAACAUUUUAUGUACAUACUGUGUUUUAACAUAUUCAACUGCAAGCAUUGAAUUAAAAAGUACAAACAUGA